AUGCCGCAGACGACAAUUGGUGGAUUCAUUGCCGGCGGGCUGGCUGCCUGUGGUGCCGUUACGGUUACAAAUCCCUUCGAGGUCGUCAAGACAAGGUUACAGCUUCAGGGCGAACUAGCAUCGAGAGCACACGUUAAGAAGAUCUACACCGGUAUCUUUCAGGCACUUCAUCUUAUCUAUAAGACUGAGGGGGUGCGGGGCACUCAGAAGGGACUCGGUUGUGCUUAUAUCUACCAGAUUCUCCUCAACGGCUGCCGUCUCGGUUUCUACGAACCAAUCCGCUCCACGGCCACACGCCUCUUCACCGGCGACUCCAGGCACCAAAUCCCUUAUAUCAAUGUUUUCGCUGGUGCAACAUCCGGUAUAAUCGGUGGAAUCGCGGGAUCUCCGUUUUUCCUCUUCAAAACCCGUUUACAAUCCUACUCUCCCGCCUUCCCAGUCGGUACUCAGCACCCUUACAAAAACUUCGUUGAAGCAGGUAGAACAAUAUAUUCUGCCGAAGGGUUUAAAGGAUUAUACCGUGGUGUCACCAGUGCCAUUGUCAGGACUGGUGCCGGGAGCAGUGUUCAAUUGCCUACAUACUUUUUCGCGAAAAGACAGAUAGAAAAGUAUGGGUUACUAGAAGAAGGGCCGCUGAAACAUAUUGCCGCUAGUAGUUGUAGUGGCGUGGCGGUUUGUAUCGUUAUGCAUCCGCCGGAUACCGUCAUGUCGAGGAUGUAUAACCAGAAUGGGAAUUUGUACUCGAGUUUGGCGGAUUGUUUUGUCAAGACUAUUAAGACUGAGGGAGUGUUUGCACUUUACAAGGGUGUCACGGCUCAUUUGGCCAGGAUAUUACCGCAUACGGUCCUGACCUUGUCGUUAGCAGAGCAAACUAACAAGCUUAUCGAGUCUAUCGAGAGGAGGGUAUUAUAA